AUGAAGUGGGCAACCUUCAUUUGCGUUUUCUUUCUUCUCAGCUCUGUAAGCAGUGUGGUUCCUCCAGAUACACACAAGCGUGAGCUUGCUCGUCGGUAUAUGGAUUUGGGAGAAGAAUAUUUCAGAGACCUGGUGCUGGUUACCUUUUCUCAGUUUCUCCGGAAGUAUCCAUUAGAUGAUAUUAUAAAAAUAACAAAUAAAGUAACUGAAUUGGCAAAAGACACCCCUUUUACAGCUAAAUUGUGUUCCCUUACAUCUCUUCCUGCGAACUAUGAUGAAAUGGCCGACUGCUGUGAAGCAGAAGCACCUUUGAGAUACCAGUGCUUCGUGAAACACAAAGGUGAUGAGCUAAACAUCCCUCCAAUGGGGACAAUAGAUUCUGAUGCAACGUGCACUGCCUUUAAGGCAAAUGAACAGGCGUUGUUAGAAACGCACUCAUAUGAAGUUGCCAGGAGACAUCCUUUCUUUUAUGGCCCAGAGCUCCUUUACUCUAUUCAAGAAUAUAAAGAAGCUUUAACAGAAUGCUGCGAAGCUGCUGACAAAGCUGCCUGCUUGGGCCCAAAGAUGGAUGCCUUGCAAGAAAAAAUACUGAGUUCUGCUUUCAUAGAGAAAUUCAAGUGCUCCAUGCUCCAAAACAGCGGAGAAAGUGCUUUAAGAGAAUGGUUUGUAGUUCGCCUGAGCCAGAAAUUUCCCUUUGCUGACUUUGUGACGGUUUCUAAUCUGGCAACAAAUUUUACCAAAGUCCACAAGGAAUGCUGCCAAAGCGACAUGCUUGAAUGUGCAGACGACAGGGUGGAUCUUGCCAAGUAUAUGUGUGAAAAUCGAGCAGCAAUCACCACUCUCUUGGCGGAUUGCUGUAAUAAGCCUGUGUUGGAAAAAUUCUACUGUCUUUCGGAGAUGGCAGGUGAUAAUAUGGUUCCUGCUCAGGCCCCACAAAUUACUGAUUUUGUUGAAAAUGAGGACGUUUGCAAGUACUAUCAGGAGGCAAGAGUUGAUUUCUUGGACAAGUUUCUACAUACAUACUCAAGAAGGUAUCCUGAAUUCUCUGUCUCAUUAAUACUGAGACUUGCCAAGAAAUAUCAAGUUAUACUGGCGGAGUGCUGUGACACCCAUGAUAAUCAGGCAUGCUAUAACAAAGUGUUGUAUGAACUUCAGCCUCUUGUGGAUGAACCACACGAAUUUGUAAAAAAAGAUUGUGAAACUUUCAAAAACCUUGGAGAGUAUGGCUUCCAAGAUGCGCUCUUAGUUCGUUACACCAAGAAAAUACCCCAAUUGUCAACUCCAACUCUUGUGUAUCUCUCAACAAAGCUCGCAAGCAUGGGCAGCAAGUGUUGUAUGCUUCCUGAAUCACGAAGAACAGCUUGUGCUGAAGACUAUCUGUCCGUCACCCUGAGUGUGUUUUGCACGGCAUAUGAGCAGACACCUGUGAGCACCAGAGUGACCAUAUGCUGCACAGAGUCAUUCUUGGACAGACGGCCAUGCUUUUCUGCUCUGGGAGAUGAUGACACCUACAUUCCCAAACAAUUCAAUGCUGCAAUAUUCACUCUCCAUGCAUUUGUAUGUGCACAUGCCGAGCCUGAGCAACAAGUCAUGAAACAAAUUGCCCUUUCAGAGCUGUUGAAACACAAGCCCAAAGCCACUGAGGAACAACUGAAAACUGUUAUGGAGAAAUUCUCAGCUCUUAUACAAAAGUGCUGCGCAGCUGAUGACAAAGAAGCCUGCUUUGCUGAUGAGGGUCCAAAACUUGUUGCUUCGUGUCAAGCAAUUUUAGCCUAA